AUGGGCGACACCUCUCUCGCUCCCUCCCCCUCUACCACCACCACCACCAAUCCCGAGAACGAAUUCUGGAUAUUCGGAUACGGGAGUUUAAUCUGGAAACCCCCUCCACAUUUUGAUCGUCGCAUCCCAGGCUAUGUAACAGGCUAUAUACGGAGAUUUUGGCAGCGAAGACCACCGCGGCACCCCCUCCUCCCCAGGCCGCGUCGUAACCCUAAUCUCCCACUCCCACUGGCUCACCCUCCACGAUCCGCAUUCUCUCCUCCCCUCCUCCUCCUCAUCCUCUCCAUCCUCCCCCCCAAAGACCUGGGGCGUCGGCCCUACAACACCCUUACUCCCACGUCGCCCAAGUACGCGAAUAUCUCGGACAUCCGCGAGAUAAACGGUUACACCAUCCACUACACCGAAUUUUAUCCCGCCGCCUCCUCUUCCUCUUCCUCCUUCACCGAAACCCAACAACAACAACAACAACAACCGAUCCAAACCCUCCUCUACAUAGGCACCCCCUCCAAUCCGCAAUUUACCGGCCCCCAAGAUCCGCAAGAAUUAGCUGAACACAUCUUUCGAAGUGAAGGCCCGAGUGGUUUGAAUCGUGAUUAUCUUUUGAGUUUGGAUGUUGCUUGUAUGUUGCUUUGA